CACCGUAACCAGACACCGGUCCACCCUAAGUUAGCUCAAUGAGUCACCAAAACCAAAACUCCUCACUGCUUCGAGGUUUUUUCAGCGUCACAACCAACUGAAAACACAGUCAGUCAUGAUGAAGGUUCUUCUGACUGUAGUUUUAUUUCUGUUUCUUGUUCAUGGAGCUCGAGCACAAGAGCUCGACCUGUCUGAUUUCUUUGACAAACCCAAUGAGCCACCAAAGGCCACAGAAAAGCCCAAAAACGAUGAGUCCAAAAAGCCUGCUGGAGGUGGAGAGCUUGACCUGUCUGAUGUCUUUGACAAACCUAAUGAGCCACCAAAGGUCACAGAAAAGCCCAAAAACGGUUUGUUGGAUCUAGCAGAUGCUCUACUUCCAGAUAAUGACGAGAAAAAUCCUGUGCCGCCAAAAAGUGGUGGAGGUUUGUUGGAUCUAGCAGAUGCUCUACUUCCAGAUAAUGACGAGAAAAAUCCUGUGCCGCCAAAAAGUGGUGGAGGUAUUAGUGAUUCAGAUUUGAUUGACGUUCUUGAUGGCUAUAAACCUGAUGGAGGAAGCUCAGGAGGCAGGUCGGCAGAAGGCCAUGUUCGGGAUACUCGUGGAGGUGGUGAUGAAAAGCCUCAAGAGGCUGGAUCAGGACAGAUUGCAGGAAUCGUCAGUGCCGUAGCGAUGGCACUGGUGGGAGCAGCAUCCAGUUACAUUGCUUACCAGAAGAAAAAGCUGUGCUUCAAGGGUCAGGGAGGUUCAGACCUAGAGAGGGGCAAAGGCCAACAGGGUGUCCAAUCUGAGCCUCAAGUCCUCAGCAACCUGCUCAAGACGUCCUAGACUCGGGUCAUCUCAGACACCAUGCGAAGACACAGAAGACAACAGUCUAUGAAGCUGUUGCCAUCAUUAGUCAUCUUUGGUCAGAAAACUCAACAUCUACUGCAGUAUGAUUUGUGUAAUCUUUGGGAUCAGCCUAAGUCUGACCUGAAACUAUAUUGUUCACAGUACCAAUCAAACGUUUGGACACACUGUGUCCAAAUUUUUGACUGGUAGUGUAUUUUUUCCCAUUUGUCUUUGUGGAAAAAAUUGAAAUCAGAAUUUCUGGAUCAGCCAUUUAUCUCUUUAUUGUUUUAAAGUCUUGUUUUUACUAUACACAUCAAUUUAGUUUAGCCUUCUUUGUAUGUUUGUCAUCAUGUUUGUGAUUAUACACUAAAAAGUGGACAUGUUCACUUUAAGUGGCAUCCGCUUUUGCAUCCUGGAGGACAUUGGUGUGAAUAAUGUGUAGUGUUUGUGGGCUUGUAAAGGAAGUACAUGAGAAGGGUCAAAUAUGCCAUUCAAGUUAUUUUCAUUUGCUCCUACAGCGGUCCUUAAAGGUGCCACAAAUGGCACUUUAACCAUUAUUAGACCAGCCAACAACUAUUUUUAUGUAAAGCUUUAGUGGCUUAAUGCCAUCCCAUGCAGACGAUGAGACAACACUCCCCUGUGUGUGUAGUAAUCAGAGUUUUUCCAUUCCACCUUUUCAUAGCCACAUUGGUGCACCUUUACUGUAUGUGAGCGCUGACCGGUCAAACCAUUGCCUCUACCCAUGUUUAUAAAGAGACCGUAGUGACCACCCCAAAUAUCACACUGAAGCCUCAGCAUCUCAGACCAAAACGCAGCCUGUGUUUUGGUCUGAGACGCUGUUUUGCUGGAUUUGCUAUAUUGUUUAUACGACCCUUAAGUACCAGUUUUUGCUUUUUAAAUAUUGUAUGCAGGUUCUAGUUAUCUAUAAAGUGGACAUGAACCUUCUCUAUCUACCACAGCCUUAUUUUACCUUGGAAUGUUAUCCAGUGAAAAGCUCAUUGCAGUAGCACAGAGUGUGUCACCUUCUGGAAUAAUAGUAGAGAAGCGCGAGGACGUUUCGCUUCAAAUCGCAGAAGCUUCCUCAGCUAAAAUUCUUGCUCUGGUAGUCUGACUUCUGUCUUGACUCUACAAGAGUCAAGACAACCAUUCCAGUCGAAGAUUCAAGCUUCUCUACUAUGGAAACCACCUGGACAACUGAGAGCCUUCACAGAAACUUCUGCAAUAAUCAUAUACUUUUUAAUCUGAAUGUUUUUGUAGAAAAAUGCAAUUCACUCCAGUCACGAUCAUGGUAGUACAGCCACAGCAGUAUUGCAUGAUCCCACCUUGACCUCACAUUCCCCUGACAAAAUGCCCGCAGAAUCAUGUCAAUAUGAAACAUCACUCAUGCUUAUGAUGCCUGUACAUUACACUUUGUGUAGAGACAUUAACAGGUGAUUGCUGUCACCCAGUGACAGUCGGCGCAUAGCAGGGAAAUUGCACCAAAGUAGGGUGCUCUGUUUUCCAUUAUUAAUGAAAACAGGUGCUGCUGCAGACUCUAGUUGAAGAGGAAGAGUUUGCGGUCAUGUGAUCCUGACAGUGUCUGGUUGUCUUCAUGUUUCUUUUGUGACAGCACCGUGCUGGUUCGUCACCAUUUAUUCUCCUCACUUAUCACCAAUCGCACAAGACUCAGCAGGAUGUUGUCAUGAAAGUGCCAGAGUAUCAACAAGACACGCCAAUAUAUCACCAUGACCAUGACAUUUGAACCUUUCAAAAAAUGUGAUGGUUCGUGAGCUCCCCAGGCCUGAGGUGAUACAUCACGCUGUACUGCAACAUGGUGCUCGAAGUCAUCGAGUCAUCAGCAGGACUCACCGAGUCCUACACUUCACUGUGAAACGUGCUAAAUGUCAUGAAGGUGGAACCCUGCCCUCAAAAGGCCUUUAUUGUGGUGUCGAUAGACUCUUCAUGUAGGUGGAUUCAGAUCCAGAAGAAGUUUUUCGUAUCAAAAGAUGAUCCAAGUGGGGGGUUAGGACAAUACGAUGCUGUUUCACUAAUUACUCAGAUGCAUGAGACAGAAAGUGUGUUGUUUGUAUCACAGGUAACUUUUGUUCACGAUGUUCAAACAUUUUGUCAGCAGUGUUGGCUGGAGUCAUAAAUGAGUACAGAAAUGAUCAGAAUCCCAGUAAUUUUAUUAUGGGGUUAUAGAUUAGAAUUGUUAUGAUUAAAAUAAUUUAUGGGGCCUUUAAACUGUAAAUACGUCUGAUAAUGUGCUGCUGCGCUGUUUGAUUUUAGAAGGGCUGAGGUCAUCACUUCUUUUCUGUUCUAGGUUUUGGUAAGUUUGACUGUUGAUUUCACAGAUGGACGUUUUCCAUGUGUAUCACAACUGAUGAUCAGAGAAGUGUUAAAGUUUGUGUGUCAAAUGGAUGUUUUCAAUAAACUGGUGUUGUACAGUG